AUGUAUACUGUGGGCGAGCCUGAGAACAUCCACCCCCUGUUCAAACACACGAUAUCUAUGGAAGGCCCUAAUGGCGAGCGUGUACGCGGCGUGGCACUCUUCGAUGGAGCAGCUGGAUCAGGAGUGCUGGAUAGCACGUGGUUCGCGGCACGGAAGCACAGGCUGGGCAACGUGUCGAAGCCGCAGAAGCGGCUGAAGAUGGCGAACGGCACACUGAUACCAUCGUCGGCUCACUGGGAAGGGACCGUUGACGUGGGCGGCGUCAGAGUCCGAGCAGAGUUCGAAGUGAUCGACUCGGGAGGGGCCUGGACCAUCCUGCUGGGGAAACCCAUUCUACGGGCGCUGAGAGCGGUUCAAGACUUUCGGGACGACACUGUCAUGGUAUCCGAUGGAGCGAGCAGAAUGCUCCUGUACAACGAAUCGAGUGAGCGUCGAUCUGCGCUAGGCACACCAAAAGGAGGACACUGGGGGUUAAGGCGAGAAGCCUCUGUGGGGGAUGAGUUGUCCGCAACCUCCCCCCCGAGGCGAGUGGACCCCGUGCUGAACCCCCAACUAGUUGAUGCAGACAUGACAGGAUCGUGCGACACAAACCUUGACAACCGGCAAGAAGAGGACGACCCGACAGAGGGCACCACGCGAUGCAGAGGACCCCGGACAACGCCGCAUGGAAACCCAGAGGGGGUGGAGUUGUGUGCAACCACCCCGCGAGGGGAGUUCAGCCCGCUUGCUCAAAAUGUUCGAGCGCAGCUGACGACCCUCACGAGGACGGAGACGGAGGCGCCGGUAUCAGAGCCGCACAAGUUGCAGGAACGAAGGCAGGGGGUAAAUGGAUGA